AUGUGGCCAACUCAGGUUGUGUUCUUGCAGAUCUUUGUCAUAUCCCAGAUGCAGGCCCUGGUUGCAAGCCGUGCAGUGACUGAAAUUCGACAGAUCUAUGGACGGUACGAAUUCGUGAUGUACGGCGCAGACGUGACUCACAACUACCUCACGCCCAACGGAUUUCCGCGAGGGCUGGACAAGCAAUACUUCGAUAUGUCCAACUUUGCCCGUUUGACCGACGAGGAGAAGGAUUUGGCGUGCAACAUUCCUUUCUCGCAGAUGCAGAUCUUGGUCCCCAUCCUUUUCAUUUGGACAUUGACCAUCGUCGCAGACCUUCGUCGAUGUGGAGACCUCUUUGUCCGCCUGAUCUUGUCAACGCCCAGCAUCACUAGCAUGAAGGAUGCAGUUGUGGAGGGCGAGGGGGAGUGUGAGAUUGUGGUUGGUCUAACAAAAGAAGUGAAGGCCUUGCUGGCAUUGACAUGCAUGAUUCCGCGCUGGAUCAUUGAUGUCUAUUUGCUCUGGCUUGGUUGCCGUUGGCUUUGCGCCACGCCCAACUUCGGAGACUUGCUCCUGAACAGCGUUGCCUUGGAGUUCAUCGUGCUCCUCAAGGACACUCUCUUCAUAGGCGUGGUUCCUGAUCGCAACAAGCGGGCAACACAGAACACGCUGAUCCAACCUUGGCAGAAGAAGGAACCAGCCAAUUAUCGUGUGUUCUUGUCUGCCUUCUUGCUUGUCUUCGUCAGCUUCAGCUGGGUCUUCUACUAUAUCUACCGCUUUCAGGACAGUCUUGCAGGCUCUGGUCUGUCACUUUUGCAGGACAAGGCUUUGCUGCAGGCGCUACCAGAACAUGUGGAGCGUGCAUUUGCACAUGAGCUUGCGGAGCUUGCGCUCGUCCGGCCGUUCGCCAGCAACCAGGAGAUACAGGGCGAGGCUUGUUUUGGCAGCAGGGCCAACGUCCCUGCUCGGGCUUGUUUUGGCGGUGCUUGCCCAGGUCGACUGGAUGAGAAUCCCGUGGCUUCCAUUGCUGCUGCAAAUGUCCAGAAUUCGUUUCGGGCAAGGUGCUUUCGUGAGUUCCACAUUGAAGCUGCCAACCUCACUGCUGCAGAGGACAUAUAUGAUUCUCGUGGCUAUGCGGUGAGGAAGGAUUGGGUGAAUGGGCCCAACAAAGUCUUUCGUUUCAUUUUGCAGAGCUUUUUGGAGAAAUCCUUUGUAUCCGACUACGAAGCCUUUUUCUUCAUGGAAUUUGACUCCACUCCUCUCCGUCCAUUUUGGCUGGACCAGUUCUAUGCUGAGGUCUUCCAAUAUCCUCGCGCAGCGAUUCGCGGCAGCCGCUACAGAGGAGACUCCUGGGACAACUUCUUGCAUCACAUCCCCAAUUCGUUGUUGUACCAUAUGAAUGGCAAUGCCAUUUAUUUUCUGCGUCAUCCUUGGCUACGUUUUCUUGCACAGAAGCUGGAGGAAGAGGCAGCUUCGGAAAAUGGAAGUAUUGCUUUCGAUGUGCGAAUGGCACAGCUGACCCUCGAAGCACCAACGCGAAGUGAUUUGCAAACUGCAUGGACACAGAACGUACCGGAAGGAGAGAAUCCGUAUCAAGAUGAUUCGUUGCUGGUGGGUAACUAUGCCAACACCUUGUUGAACGACAGCUUCGAACCACCAGAAUUUGUUCGUCAUGGAGCUUUGGCCAACAUUUUGGAAAACCUGGACAAUUCGUUGGUGACAUUGGCAGUGCAAGCCUUCCACCAGGCAAAUGCAACCUUGUUGGUGGAGAGUCUCAGCGAAUCUGAUUUUGGAGAAGUUGUCGUGGUUUCAUCCGUGGACUUUGCACCCCCAGGCACAGGGCCUUCGCUGCGCGUUGUGCCGGCCACCCUGCCAGAGCACAUGGCAUUGUGUGAUUUGGCGGCCGCCGUUCACACCGAAUAUUUAUUGUUCACGGACACCUAUCACUUCAUACCUGGUCCAACCCAUGUCCUCGUGAACGGAAGCCGCCCGGUGUUGCCAUAUAUCCCAGCAAGCUCUAUGUUCUGCACUGCCUACCCCGAGUGCACAACUUCUUUGGACCAGGCGGAGAAUUUCUACGGCGUGAAAUUGAAUUAUCACCACAACAAGUACGAAACGCUGUUCCAGACGCUUCUUGCAAGAGAAUUCUGCCAGAGCUGGAGUCUUGCUGCCGCAGCUUUGGGGUCCUUCGAUUCCUGCGACUAUCAGCAUGGUCCUACUGCAGAUGACUAUAUUGCUUGGCUGAUCUCUAUGGACAAACCCUUUGACUACAUGCCGAAGAACAAAGAACGCGUAGGCUGGAGGCAGUGGAGCAUGUUGUGGAAUGCGCAUCCUCCAGAUCAGCGCGGUUGUAGCAUCUACACCGAGAGCGAUGCUUUGAAAAGGAAGCAGAGUAUCAAGGAGUGCAGCCUCUACAUUCAAGAUGGUGAUGCCUGCAAUGCCGAUGAGAAUUGCACCUUCAGAGCAAUCUUUGAAGCAGGCAAGUGCAUGAGCACGUCAGAGUUUCACUUGCUACCCGCAACGAUGGAUGCCAGAACAUCGACAUGGCCCGCUGGGGGGGCUGAAUUUGCUGCACAGCGGGUUGAGAAAAUCCUAGGGAAGGAAGACAGCGAAGAUGUUUGA